AUGGCUGAGCCAACGAACGAUCAAGCUCCCUUGGGGCCUGGAGCUGCCUCAGCUCUGGACACGACCAACAAGUUUCAGGCCGCCAUCUCAGCAUGGAGGAACAUCGACAUGACUACCCUGGUCUCCGGCCUCGACAAUACGGCGUCCGAAAUCGUGACAUACCAGCGGGAUUCAACUGUCCAGAGGAAGGACUUGGCCCAAAAGACUAAGGACUUCAGGAAAUUGGACGAUGCCACCAAGCUGUCUGAGAUAAAGGGACUGUUGAAAGCGUACCAAGGAUUCAUCGAUCUGUUGACGAACCACUCCAAGUCGGUGAACUCUGCGUUUCUCCAUGCCUACACGUCGCUCUCCGAUGCACCAGACCCGUACCCUCUACUCGAAGCGGCCGUCGACUCCAUGCUUGUAUCCGAGGAGACCCUACCGAAAGUCACGGAAGAGAACCAGCGUCUGCAGGGCUCCGUGGCGGAGCUCACGUCGCAGCUAGAAGAUACAGAGUCGAGGUUGCAAUCGGAAAGAGAGGCUCGGAAACAGCUAGAGGAAAAUCUUGAAAGCAAGGUGAAGGAAGUGGAGUCGUCCUGGAUCGCAGUGCUGGACGAGAAGAAGGACAAUUGGGCAGCAAAGGAGAAGACCCUGGAAGACAAGGUCGACAACCAGGAGCGCCUGCUCAAUGAGGUCAAGGCCAGCUAUGAGGUCAACCAACGCCUUGGGAAGUCUGAAGAUGACGAGGACGAACCGAGGGGCCAUGUCACAAGCGCCGAGCUUGAGAUGGUGCACUCGGAUCUGGAACGAACGAGCAUGAGGCUGGCGGAGGUCGAGGCGCGCAACGAACACAUGCGACUUGAGCUUGCGCAGUCCAAGUCACAGGUACCUAGCCAACAAACCACAUCUCUGGAGGACGAUCCGGGUUACAUGCGCAUGAGAUCCGAGAACUCGUCUCUGAUACGGAAACUGGAUGCCUCGAGGGUAGAAAAGGAGUCCUUGAAGCGAGAUCUGGAUGCGAAGCUGCGCACGCUCGAAAGGGAGGUGAGCUCGUUGAAGGAAGAUCGGGACUCGUUGAAGGCGAAGGUGCAGAAAUGGGGCGACUACGACGAUAUCAAGCAAGAACUAGAAGUGCUCAAGAGCAUCGAGUUUUCAACGGGAGAUGAUGAUGAGACCAAGGAUCUUAUAGACGACCAGAACGGCGACGCCGCGAAAGGCAAGGGCGAUACCCUAGAGCAGCUUCUAUUGGCACGGAACAAGAAGCUGAGCGAGGAACUGACGAUACUACGGGUGUCUCACCAGGACCUGCAGGGCAGACUAUCAGACCUGUCGGAAGAAAUGUCCCGGACCAACGCGGAGCUCGAGAAGUCUCAAAACCUGAACGAGAAGUUGGAGAACGACCUCGCCAACAUCCAGUCGGAGCAUGCCAAUGCUUUCCCAUCAGGAGCAUCCGUGGCGGGCACAUACGUGAGCAGAUACGCGCCAUCCAUGGCUCCGGGACGCAGGACGGCUUCAACCCGCGAGACUCGGGCGGUGAGCCCAUGGGGCGGGGGAUCAGGGAUUCUCCCCAUGAUCACGGCGCAAAGGGAUCGCUUCAAGAAGCGCAACGCCCAGCUGGAACAAGAGCUUUCCGAGUCCCACCGCAGCGUCUCCCAGCUUCGGCAGGAGAUCGCAGCGCUCCAGAAGGACAAUCUCAACCUCUACGAGAAGACUCGCUACGUGUCGUCCUACAACCGCAGCAGCAACAGCACCGCCGCGGUGACCUCAUCCUCUUCGUAUGCCAGCAACCCCAACCCCUCGACAGUGACCAUCGGAGGAAGCGGCGGGUCCGGCGGAAUGGACCGGUACCGCGCAGCCUACGAAUCGAACAUCAGCCCGUUCGCGGCGUUCCGCGGGAGGGAGUCAGCGCGAGCGUACAAGCGCAUGAGCUUCCCGGAGAGGGUGGUGUACUCGGUGACGAGGAUGGUGCUGGCGUCCAGGACGAGCAGGAACCUGUUCGCGGCGUACUGUGUCGCGUUGCACCUGUUGGUUUUCUUCUCGCUGUACUGGAUGGGCUCAACGGAUGUGGACCAGCAGGCCACCAACUUCGGGCAGACGGCGGCCGCCGCCGCGGUCGCUGCUGGUGGGAGUGGCGGCGGGAGUGUUGGUGGGUCUGGCGGGACAGGGCAUGGGAAUUGGAAGGAGGGUGCUUUUGAUGAUAAGUCAUGA